UAAUUACAAUAAAAAACUUGAAAAUUGGUACGAUGGAAUAACAUGAAAUCCCUUUAUGUCACUUUUCCCUUCUUUAUAUUUUUCCCUACACCACUUUAUAAAGUAAAGCUAUAAAUAGGUACCCAAUUUAUGUCAAGAAUCCUUCUUCAGCCCUAAUAGUGCUGAAGUAUUGCCCAAAGUAGGAGUACUUAGAAUAUUUAUUUUUGACGUUAAAUUUAUCACAACAUUAAACGCAAUAUUUGGGAAGUUAUAUACCUUAACGUCAUACAAAGAUGGUUGUGCACUCUUCUCCAGUGAGAAUCAUGAAGUUGGCACUGUUAGUGACGGAGGAUGGUGAGGAAUAUGGCGGUGAAGAAGCAGUUGCUGAUACCAUCAGGCAACGUAUUUAUGAAAUCGCUGGUGAAGGAUUGGUCGAGAUUAGUGAGUACUUCGUUGUUAAAGGACAGAUUCCAAAACUUGAUGAGAAUUAUUUUGAUGGGUUUAUUAUUACUGGUUCGCAUCAUAGCGUCAAUGAGGAAACAGACUGGAUCCAAAAAUUGCAGGAAUUUAUAGUAAGUCUUUAUAAUGUGCCGAAUGGUCCAAAAUUAGUUGGAAUUUGCUUUGGACACCAACUGAUAGCUAAAGCAUUUGGUGGUAAAGUUGGCAUGAAUCCGAAUGGGAAAUUCAUUUGGUGUAGUGGACAUGUUAGAGUCAGCCAUGAAUUUAGUCAGAAAAAAUAUUUUCAAGAAGCCUGGGGUGAGAAUGCAGAUCACAUUCACAUAAUGCAAUCUCACUAUGAGCAAAUUCUUGAAAUGCCGUCAAACGGAUUAACCGUGGGUUCAUCUGAAGAUUGCGAAAAUGAAAUGAUUUUAUAUGGUGAAGAUAGAAUUCUCACAAUGCAAGGACAUCCUGAAGUAACCGUGAAUAAAAUGGUUGACUUUUCGUUACCAAUCCUUAAAUCGACUGGGCAAAUAACCAAGGAGGAAGAAAACCUAGCACGAGAUUCGUUUCAAAAUGACAAUGGAGAUGCUUUAGUUAGAUUGAUAAUAAACUUCUUUAAACCAUGAAUAGCGUAUGUAUGCACAUUACAAAAUAUAUGAAAUUAUUUAAUUAUAAAAUAUCGUGUCGUGUAUCGUGUUAUUAAUGAAACAAAAAUUUAUUCUUUUACAAAGUG